UAGACGUUCCCCAUUUCAUCUGCUUGGGUGUCCUGCUUUAUGAACCUAUAGCACUUCAGGGCCUGGGUACAUGUCAGUAAACCUAUAUCCAAGACCCACAGGGAAAAAGCAGUGUGUUAGGUUGCUCUCAGUGUCUUUGAAAGCCAUAAUUGCCUCUUGAAAAGAAGACCCCAAGAAGACUUGAGAAUUGGCUGGAACCUGACUGGAAACGGACCGCAAUAGCAAGAAAAUAAGAAGCUGGUGCCAAGAUGUUUAAGAUUCCUAAAGCUAAGAAUCAGGAGCCAACUGCUCUUGGGCAGGUGAAAAUUAAAAAGAAAUCGAGUGUUCCUGGAGUCAUGAUUACGCAGUACGUAGAGGAGCUACCAGAUGGCAUGACCACCCCAGAUUUCACCCGGAAACCCAUCGGUCUCACUCUUCAAGAGGGAAAACUGGCUAUUUUUAGAGCAAUAGUUACUGGUAAACCAACACCAACUGUGACCUGGAUGAGGAAUAACGGGGAACUUCCUCCGGAGCGGUACAAAAUGGUAUUUGAUGCAAGUUCUGGUGAACACCAACUACAGAUGCCUGGCGUAUCUGUGGAUCAAGCUGAUACCUACAAGUGUACUGCCAGAAAUGAGUAUGGGAAAGCUGCUGUAAUUGCUGCUCUCAACAUCAUUGAAGUUGGAUAUAAAAAGGGGAAAGCCAUGCAACAAUCACGAACAGCCGUCCGAGAGUUACCUGAAGAUUUUAAAAAGUCUUUGAAAAGGACGGCGGAUAUUGACCCGAAAGAAGAGACUAAGCCAGAAAUCAAUGACAGGUUUUGGGAACUGUUGUUGAGUGCAGACAAGAACAAUAUUGAGAAUAUCUGUGCACAAUAUGGUGUCACUGAUUUUCGCUGGAUGCUGAAGAAACUAAAUGAGAAGAAGAUGGAGAGGCAGCAGGAGCAAGAAAAGGUUGUUGAACGACUUUGUAACCUAAAGCCCAUUGAAAUGAAAGCUGACGGUGCAGCAGAGUUUGAACUUGAAAUGUCACUCAAAGACCCUUUGAGCAAAAUUUUCUUAUACAAGGAUGGAGUAAUGAUUCCUUUUGACGCUGACAUGGAUGUUAAACAUGGACUGAAGCAAGUGGGAAAGAAGUUUGUUUUUAGCAUAAAUGGUGUUAAUCCCGAGGAUGCAGGAUUAUACCAAGUGGAAGUUGAUGGAGUUAAGAUCUUUUCAACCGACUUAAAAAUUCCUGUUGCAGACUUCCUGGUAAAGAUUCAAGAUGUGAAAGCAGAGGAAAGAGAGGAUGCUGUGUUUCAGUGUGUGCUCUCACAUCCCGUGACAAAGAUAUCGUGGAUGGGGAAGAAUAACUCACUGCAGCAAGGGGACAAAUAUGACAUCACUGUAUCAGAGGACAUGCUGAUCCACACACUGAUGGUGAAGGACUGCCUGCUUCUGGACAAAGGAAUCUAUUCAGCUGUGGUUGGACUUAAAUCCUGCAGUGCCUGGCUCAUUCUUGAAGCUGACAAAGACCCGAAAAUGGUUGGAAAGAAGAAAGCCCGUAAGACAACUCAAGCAGGUGGCGGUGGAGAUGAUCUUCUCAGGAUUGCCCAAGAGCAACAAGCUAAGUUACAGAGAGAGAAAGAUGAACUGAUUGCGAGAGCAAAAGCAAAAGCAGAAGAGGAGGCAGCAGCAGCUGAAGAGGAAGCAGCAGCAGCAGAAGCUGAGGCAGCAGCAGGGCCGCCCACCGCAGCAACCCAAAAGGCAGUAGGUAACGCUAAAGCGAAUACAGAUGGGAAAACCAACGCCAAAGCAAAACCAAAGAAGAUUGCAGGAGCAGGAGAUGGAGAGAAAAGUGGGAAACAAGAACCUGCAGUUGAAUGUACAGAAGAGAAAGUCGGCAUUGGAAAGAUAGAAGAGAAGGAGCAAAAUCAUUCCAAACAAGGAGAACCUGCACCAUCAGAGAAGGAUGGGGGUGACGCUGAAGAGGAAGAACCUGCUGAAGAAAAAAGAAAGAGACAAAGAACAGGGCCACUAGUUCCUGAUACUGUUAUUGACCCUGGGGUUUUCUUUGCAAGUGGACUCGCAGAUGUGACGGCUAUUCUUGGAACUGAUGUAGAACUUGUCUGCAAGCUCAGUAGUGAGGACACAGAUGCGAUGUGGUACAAAGAUGGGAAAGAGAUAACUCCAACAGAUGAUCUAAGUGUUGUUAAAGAUGGGACUUACCGUAAACUAAUUAUCAAAAGUUGCAAAGAAAGUGAUGCUGGAAAGUACAGAUGCGAAGCUGACGGGCGUAAAACUGAAGCAAUGCUAAUUGCUGAAGAUCCCCCAAGAAUCAAUCCUGAUGACCUUGCUGAGUUCAUGAAACCUGUUAUCAUCAAAAGUGGUAAAGAUGCCAGUUUCAAACUCUCGUUUGUUGGCGGUGAACCCAUGAAAAUCCAAUGGUACAAUGAUGGCGAAGAACUGGUGCAGACCACUAACAUCAGGAUCGAGAAGUCUUCCUCAGAUAGUCGCCUGCUGUUAACCAAGUGCCAACGCAAGAUCUCGGGGGAAAUAAAGAUUAAAAUUAAGAAUGAAUAUGGGACAACUGAGGCCAUCACACAACUUAUUGUACUCGAUAAACCAACGCCACCACUGGGUCCAGUAGAAAUCAUUGAAAGUUCAGCCUCUUGCAUUGAGUUCAAAUGGAGGCUUCCCAAAGAUAUUGGGGGUUCACCCAUUACUGACUUCAUUCUAGAGCGCCAGCAAAUUGGGCGUAACAGUUGGAAAAAGUUAGGCAAGGUUGGCCCAGAGGCUAAAUACCGAGACACCGAUGUGGAUCAUGGGAGAAAAUACUGCUACCACAUCAGGGCUGAAAACGAACAAGGUGUCAGUGAAAUGAUGGAAACUGAUGACAUCCAGGCCGGGACAAAGGCAUACCCUGGACCCCCAUCUGCACCAAAAAUUGUGAGCGCUUUUAAAGACUGUAUCAAUCUUGCUUGGACUGCCCCUGCUAAUACUGGGGGAACAAAUAUUUUGGGAUACAAUGUGGAGAGACGCAAAAAUGGCAGUAAUCUGUGGACCAUGAUUAAUCCACUUGAUGAGCCAAUUAAAGGAAAACAACAUGCUGUGAAGGAUGUCGUUGAAGGUAUUGAGUACGAAUUCCGUGUAUCAGCUAUCAACAUGUCCGGUGCAGGAGAACCAAGUGCAUCCUCUGAAUUUGUAUUUGCAAGAGAUCCGAAGAAACCUCCGGGUAAAGUUAUAGACCUGAAGGUGACAAACUCCACCUAUACCACCCUAUCACUGGGCUGGACCAAACCGCAAGUGGAAGAACGUGUCCAAGAUGAGGCUAAAGGAUACUUGGUGGACCUCAGACCAGCAGAAAACACAGAAUGGAGUCGCUGUAACGCCAGCCCUAUCAUUAGUACCUCAUUUACUAUUGUGGGCCUUAAAUCUAUGGCCAUGUACUGGGUAAGAGUUAUCGCCACCAAUGAGGGUGGAGAUGGUGAGCCUCAAGACUUGGACAACUACAUCAUUGCGAUGCCACCACCAGUCAGGCCUCAAUUCACUGACAAAAAGAUGAAGAACUUUUUGGUGGUUAAAGCUGGGAACUCUACUCGAGUGAACUUCAACUUUAAGGCUUGUCCAAUACCAACAAUCACAUGGCUCAAGGAUGGCAUGCCUGUUCCCAAAUAUGUGACAGUGAGCAACACUGACACAUCUUCCCAGUUAAUGAUUGCUUCAUCGGAGCGUCAUGACACUGGGAUCUAUACAAUCCUUGUCAAGAACCUUGUUGGACAGGAUACCUCCAGUGUUGAGAUAAGAGUGACAGAUGACCCCAGGCCUCCAGGCCUUGUGGAACUGGAGGAGAAUGUGCCAGGAACGGUGACAGUUUCAUGGAUUCCCUCUCCAGAUGAGAAGAAAGACGACAGACUGCACUACACGGUCACCAAACAUGAUUCUAUCAAACGCACGUGGCAAACUGUGGCUGACCAUCUCUUCAAUAACAAGUUCACUGCCAUCAAUGUCAUACCAGGCAGACAGUAUAAGUUCCGGAUCUACGCCAAGAACGACAUGGGGCUUUCAGCGCCCUCAGGCUCCCCAAUCUGGGAAGUUAACAGGAAAAAAGAAAAAUAUUCUUUGAAGCUUCCCGUCUCUAAGGCUUUGAGCUUUGAGUUUCCUCCAUCAUUCUCUGUUCCACUUAAAAUGCACAGAAGUCCAGAGAGCUAUGAAUGCUACAUGAGUUGUGCUGUGGCAGGAAACCCCAGGCCCCAUGUUACCUGGUACAAAAACAACAUCAGCCUCAACACCAACACUAACUACUACAUAACCAACACAUGCGGAGUCUGCUCUCUGGUGAUACUCAAGGUUGGGCCCAAUGACGGCGGGGAUUACAGUGUUGUUGCAGAAAGCCCCCGGGGCAGAGUGGAGUGUUCAUCAAAGCUUGUUGUUGAAGAUUAGCCGGAUUUAGUGGACCUCCAUGCCCCGACAAGCAACUUCUAUUUAAAAUAAAUUGAAUAACAUCUACAAAUUCAACAAUAUGUUAUCUUGCUUAUUGUUUGUUUUUAUUUUUGUUUUGUUUUACUGUAUUGUCUCAAUAAAAGUGAUGAAAACAUAAAACAUAAAAGAAAAGUAAAAAAUAUAACAUUGAGAACUAUUUUGAAAACUUUGAAUUGAGAGAGAUUGGACUCUUAAGCCGGGCAUACACUGUGCGAUUAUCGGCUCGUUUUGAGUCGAUUUUCCAGUCGUGCAACUAUUUUUUGGAUCGUGCCGGAUUUCGA